AUGGGUUAAGCUAAUUGUGGAGCAUGUGUAAAAUCUUUAGAGGGAAGCUAAUAUGAAAUAUAAGUUGAUAAAAAACCUCUACCUAGAGAUAAUGGAACAAUUUAAAAAGUAGGAAACCAAAAAAUGCAAAAUUAUGAAUUCGUUUUAUAUCGCAAUAUCGUUAAAAUUCAAUCUCUUUUGAGAGGAUGGCUUGCUCGUAGAAAAUUUACAAAACUCAGAAUUGACUCUUACAAUAAAAAAGUGGAUUAACUAUUGGCUGAUUUUUCUAUAAAACAUCUAUCAAAAUUCUCAAAAGUUUCUUAGUUUGAAUUUGAUAAGCCUUAUCCUGAACAAGACACUGAUGAUUUUAACUCUCGUUACUUUAGAAAUCCUGUUCUCCUUGAAAAUGGAGCAAUUUAUAUUGGAGAAUGGGCUUUCGAUAAAAAAUAUGGUAAAGGUAUUUAAGUUUGGAAAGAUGGCUCUAUUUAUCAAGGCUAUUGGAUUGCUGAUAAAGCUUGCGGUUAUGGAAGACUAGUCCAUGCUAAUGGCGAUAUUUACUAUGGAGAAUGGAAAAAUCAUAAAUCUCAUGGUUAUGGUGUUUAUAUUCACAAAGACGGUUCUAAAUAUGAAGGGUAAUGGUAUGAAGAUCUUCAACACGGUGAAGGUAUAGAAACAUGGAGCGAUGGCGCCACUUAUAAAGGCUAAUACAAAGUUGGUAUGAAGGAUGGCUUUGGAUCAUUUACUUGGAGUGACGGAUCUCGCUAUGAUGGAGAAUUCUCUAACAAUGAUAUUGAAGGACAAGGAACUUACAUCUGGCCUGAUAUGAGAAAAUACACAGGUACAUGGAGAAGUAAUAAAAUGAAUGGCCGUGGAAUUUUUACAUGGAUUGAUGGGAGGAGAUAUAUAGGUGAGUACAAAGAUGAUAAAAAGGAUGGACUCGGAAUAUUUGAAUGGCCAGAUGGAAGAAAAUAUAUCGGUGGAUGGAAAAAUGGUAAACAGCAUGGAAAAGGUACUUUUUUCACUUCAAAUGGCUAAAAGAAAAAGGGAGAAUGGAAAAAUGGACAAAGAGAAAGAUGGAUCAUUUUCGAGGAAGGAAAUGAUAAAGAUUAACAAGAUAUAGAAAAUAAAUUUAAGGAUUUAAUGCAAUAAGUUGGUAAAAAUCAGCAAUAGCCUUAAUAAAAUUAACUUUUAACUGAAUCAGGAGUUCAAAAAAACAAAGUGGUUGCAUAAUAAACGAGUGAAUAAUAAAAUUAGUUGAGAAAAAGUAUUUAAAACUUAAACAACGAAAACACUCCUCAAGGAAAUUAACUUAGUAAAGCAGCUACAGGAAAUGUCAAUGAAAUACGAGUUGCCAAAAAUAACAACAAUAAUGUAAGCAAUUUUAAUAGUAAUAACAACUCAACUAUUCCUUCUUCAUCUUCUAUUCCUUCUUCUACAAAUAUAAAUGGUACUAAUUUUAACAACCCUCCUAAAUAAAUUUUUAAUAGCAGUAGUAGUGCUGGAAUAUUUGGGUAAGUUCACCCUAGAUAAUCACAAGCGCUAUCAGCACUUAACAUGAAUAACAACUAGAAAAUAAUGUAAUAAAAUAGCUAGCUACCUCCAAAUCAAUAUAAAAUUAACAACAAUAACAUGAUAAAUAGAUAAUAAAAUAAUUAUUAAAUGAAUUAUCAGACCAACAAUUACUGA